GCCGACGUGAGCCGGACGAGCAAACGUGGCCGAGGCGCGCUGAGCCUUGCCGCGUAUGGAGGAUUCAGCGACAUUGUCAAGCUCCUUCUCGACAGGGUGACCCCCGCCACGGCUCGUGCUUGUGGUGGUGGUGCCGCGGUCGAGGCUGCCUGCGCGAGAGGGCAUCUGGACAUCCUUGAGCUCCUGCUGGCCAGCGAGAUGAUCGUCCUCAAUGGCGACGACCUCGCCGAAGCAUUUGUUGCAGCCUGCGGAAAAGGCCCCCUGGCCAUGGUCAAGCUUCUACUUGCCCGCGGUGCAGUUCCGAACACAAGACGGCGCAAGGAUGGCUUCAGCCCUCUCCGGGCAGCCGUGGGGCAGCGCUCUCUAGAGAUUGUCCGGCAUUUGGUCUCCAAUGGCGCAGACGUCAACGCAACGAAUCACUGGGAGACCCCUCUCUCUCUCGCUACGCAUUACGGCUCGUUAGAGAUUGUGCAGCACCUGGUGUUGAAUGGCGCAGACGUCAACGGCCCGUUUGGUUUGAUCCCGAGCACUCUGGCUAUAGCGUCGCGCAACGGCCACCUUGCCAUUGUUCAGUUCCUGCUCACGAAAGGCGCCGAGGUGAACCGGAAUAGUGAGUCACUGGCUCCUCUUGCUGCAUGCCUGAGCAGCCCCAGCAGCGACUUCGAUUUCGCCAUUGUGCAACUGCUCAUUGCUCACGGGGCGGAUGUCAAUGCACAAGGUGCACUUCUAGAGGGCACCCCGCUCAUUAUAGCGGUCGACAGAAGGCGUGAAGUCAAUGUGGUCCAGUACUUGCUGGAUCACGGGGCAGACGUCAAUCUCCGGGCCGGCCGGCAGAAGCGCUCGCCCCUUGAAGUCAGCUUGGACAAGGGUAAUGCUGCGUGCACGAGGUUGUUGCUGCAAUACGGCGCCGAAACUGCUUCCCUUGACAAUUCUCAAAGGGAACAGAUGCAGGGGCUGCUCUCCAUGAAAAGCGACGCGCCGUCUGAAGACUACUGGGAAGACUCCGAAGGAUCUCGAAGUAUCUGAGCCGACUCGUAUCUCGGCUACACGUCUUACUGCCGCAGAAGCAU